AUGGAAAUAUCAGUCCCCAUACAGAAAGCUGCCGUUGUGCCCAAGCCAUUUAUCAAGCUGAUGAGGCUUUUAGCAAGGACUCUCUAUGAUGAUAAUAAUCUUACUACGUUAAGUGACAAUCAGAAGAAAUCUGCAAAAGUUGACAGCAGAGGGAAUAUCGUUAUGGUGUUGGAUGCUCUUAUGAGGCGGCGAUGGGUUAGAGAAGAAGACUUGGCAAGAGAGUUGAAGAAGAACCCCAAGCAACUCCGAAAAAUAUUAAGAUACUUUGAAGAAAAACAUUUGGUCACGCGUUACCAAAGGAAAGAGACUGCAAAGCGUGCGAAGAUAUAUAAUGUUGCAGUGGCUGCUACAGCUCAUGGCCGUGCAGAGGACAAUGUUAAGUUCCACACACAAUCAUAUUGCUGUCUUGAUUAUCAACAUAUGUAUGAUACUUCUCGUUUGCGUCUGCAAAAGAUUAAAAGGAAACUCAAAGAUGAACUAGAAGAUAAGUAUACUAUUCAGAAGUAUAACUGUCCUAACUGCAACAGGAAAUAUAGUGCACUAGAUGCCCUGAGAUUAAUUUCUAUGGAAGACGACGCAUUUCAUUGUGAAAGAUGCAAUGGUAAAAUUGUUGUGGAAUGUAAUGAGCCAUCUUCCAAAGAAGUAGUAGAUGGAGGUGACACUGCAAAGAGACGGCAGCAGCAAAGACUCCAGUUUGUGGAGGUCUUUGCUCUGAUGGAUCAGAUUAAUAGAGUGAAAGACCUACCGUUUCCUGUCUAUGAAAGUUUUCCGGAAUGGGAGGCUCGUGCAGCUAUUGAUGCUCGUGAAAAUGGUGAUUUUAAUACUAAUGAUCCUUUGAGGUCACAGGGUGGGUAUGGUUCAACACCGAUGCCGUUUUUAGGAGAGACAAAGGUUGAGGUUAACCUUGGUGAAGGAAAAGAAGAAGUCAAAACUGAAGAUGGAGUUUCUAGAAUGAAACCGAUGCCUCAAUGGAUGAUCAGACAAGGAAUGAAUCUGACUAAGGAACAAAGAGGAGAAAUGAGUCAGGAAGAAAAGGUUGCUGGUGUCUCAGAAGUAAAACCUUCUGAUGACAAUAAACCAUCAACCAUGGGAAAUGACAAUGAUACCUAUUUGAAGGAAGCUUACUAUGCUGCUUUACUGCAGCAGCUACAGGCUGCUGGAAAACUGAAUCAGCAAGAAUCCUCUCCUAACAUUCAGUCGGCUACUAUUAUCUCAGAUCGUCAAGUUGGUAUGAAGUCCAAACGUGAAGAAGAAGAUGCUGAAUGUGAAGAAGGGACUCAUGUUUCAGCAAAUGGAGCAGAUGAUGAUGAUGAAGACAUCGAGUGGGAAGAAGGCUGA